UAAAUGAAAUUUACCUAUGUUUAAGUUUUAUAUAAAUGUUUGAUAUUUGAUGUUCUCUUUAGAUUUAAUCGUGAUCAUUAUAUGAUAUUAAUUUCAGUAUUGCCUGAAUGGAAAAUGCGUGGCAGAGCACGAAAAUAUAAUACCGGACUAUACACAGAACAUUCCGACGUAUAUACGCCGAGAUAGCAUUUUCAGUCCUACGUUGCAUAAUCGGCCGAUAUUCGCUCAAUAUAACAGCACUGACUACAGGUAUCCAUGGAAAUCAACAACACAGAGCACGCCACUAUCGAAAUUAAAACAUUCCUCGCCGUAUACGAACGCAUUGACAGCGACAACAACGACGUCAACAACGACGACGACGACGACAAUGACAACGACCAAGACGAUAACAACUAAUCCUUAUAAACGCGUCAUAGCACCGUUCGUCGUGACUACGCCUACGGUGCCGAAAUACACACAGAUGAUCGUCAAUAAUCACUGUAUCAAUCGAUACAAGACCAGAUAUAACGAUAGUAGUAGCGGUAAUAAUGGUAGUUGUAAUAGGGGUGGCAACGUCAACACCACCACUAAGAGAAGCGUGAAUCUCUUUAACUCGCACUACACAAGUAGUACCGUUGCGAAGGUCACUGCUAGUCCGUUCAAGUAUAAGAACACGGUCAACGUGAUGUCCCUUUCCACGACGACCAAGGGAUAUCAGAAAGGCCUUGGAAGUAUCGGUCGCGGUAAGAGAAUUCUGAAUCAGUGUAUCUGUAUCAUCGCUACCUAUCUUUCGCUCUCUUUUUCUCUUUCUCUCUCUUGACUCGGGACGAGUCUUUCUAAUUCUGCAUGGACUCUCUCGUGCAAUCGGCGAAUUAUUUUUACGCUCUCGUGUCCACACUUGGUGUUUCUUCUAUCUAUUUUCCCUAAUAUCCGACGGAUCUCGUUACGAGGAACUUCUCGAGAGAUACCGAGAAGUCACGUCUUUGUAAUUGUUGCUGGCUUUGCGAUGAUACUCGCCAAAUACCUGUUGGAGACUGUUUUUCGUCAUUUAUGUAAUAUACUUUCCACCUUUGUCUCUUCUAAGUUACUAAUGGGAGGUACGAGAGGAGACCAUACACUGCAUCAAGCUGUCAAAGUCUUUAAUAACGUUUGUUAUUGUAGCUCGUUAACACUGUACCUAAAAUCUGUCGAAACAAG